UUUUACAGGUCUGAUGUCGCUAACGUCAGACUGACUGCAGUGGAACAUCCCAGUGAAGGAAGAAAAGCAGGACUGAAUCUGUCCUACAAAGGUAAACACCAGGAAACUGAUGAGUACAAGCAGACCUGAACAGAAGACCAUAAAGAAGCAUCUUUAAAGAAGGUUCAACAGGCAUACAUUAAACAUAAGAGAAGAUGUUUAAGAAACUUUUUUCAGUGAAGAAAAGAAAAGCGAAAGAAUUGCAUAAAGUCAAAAAUGAACCACCCAGUCAAAGAUCUGCAGAAGCAGGAGAAGAAAAUCGCUCACAUGGUGAAGACAUGGAGGAUCCUGUAGGAGGAGCCUGCUGCUCAGUUCCCAGAAGGCCAUCUCAAAUCCUACCGGACAACUCUCCUGUCUUGGGAUCACGUCUCUUCCCAUACAGAACAUGGUCCUCUUCUAGGCUGUCUCCACGCAUUAAAUUAAAUAGUCAUCACUGCAAUAUCGGUGAUGAUGAAGUUAUGGAGAAAGAAACUGUUAUAUGGCGAUCCAAACCAUUAGCAGCAAGCUUACCUGACAUGAGGUUAAAGGAGUUUACACCGGGCAUCACUGCUGAUGGGUCUGAUGAUAAAACCUACCUGUUCCAGUGCUCCUGUGCAGGCCUGUACCAGUGCAGUGUGACCGGCCUGGUGUUUGUCAUGAAGGGAGAAGGAGAAGUGGUUUACAGGACUGUCCCUUGGUACAUGAGGCUGCUGACCCAACACCACAAGAAGCCUGCAGGACCCCUGUUUGACAUCAGAUGUCAGCAGCAGUCUGUGUGUCAGCUUCAUCUCCCACACAGUGAGAUCAUCUCCACAGGUGGAGGUCAGUUCUUGCAGGUCACUGAGGUGAAUGAUGAGGGCAUCGAGUUCAUCACCCCUCACCAGAUAACAAAAACUCACGUUGUUGUAAACAUCACAGGCUUUUCUUAUUACGGCAUUGUCAAUAAUGAAGACUCUCCCCCUGACCCAGUCCAAGCUUUGGUUCUGCUCUUCUACAAACCCCCAGUUGAUCCUGAUCCCAGGUCUGUCCUCAGUGUGUUGUUGGUGCCGAGGAACAUCAAGAUCCAAGAUGUCAAAGAGAAGAGGAGGGAAUUAAUUGGAGAAGAGACAUACAUAGACAUACCCUCUAAAUGCAAUCUGCAUCCAAAGCAGCUUUACUCUCUUUCCACCGUUCCUGAUGAUGGCCUGAUUGUAGUUCAACCAAGUGAAACAGUGUUUGAUGACGUGUCCCUUGACAAUCCUGUCCCAUCCUUCCAAGUGAUUUUUAAUAGACUCAUUAGCAAUAUUAACCUGAGUCUGACACACCAGAGCAGCUCCAGCUGUGUCUGGGAAAGUGAGGUUUGUCUUUUGCCCAACAGAAUGAGAAGCAUGAUUCUCUCUUCAAAUAAGAAGCUGUUAAAAGUACGGAGCUUGUUCAUUGAUAAGAUAUCAGAACCUGUUCUCAACAGUCUGCUCGACAAACUGCUGGAGAAAAAUGUGAUAACUGAUGCUGAGAGGGAGGCAGCAGAUGCAAAGAAAAAGAGAAGGAAAAUAGCUUGUUUUGUUUUCGAUACUGUGAGGAGGAAAGGUGAAGAUGCCAUUUUAGAAAUGAUUGAGUCUCUUUGUGAGCUCGAUUCCUUCCUCUGCAGGAAUCUUGGGUUGCUAUGACAUUAUUAUCUUGACCUCCAGUAACACAGUGAGGAAUUUUGGAGGAAUUUUUGACCAGGACAUGUCCUUGAAUGCACAUAUGAAAGCUACAUACGUCAGCUUUCUUUCAUUUUCACAAUUUCUCUAAAAUUAGGCACUGAAAAACUAGUUCAUGCAUUUAUUACUUCUAGGCUGGACUACUAUAAUUCAUUAUCAUCAGUAUCAUUAACUUCCUGAAAAUCCUUCAGUUAAUCCAAAAUGCUGCAGCAAGAGUACUGACAGGGAUUAGAAAGAGAAACCAUAUUUCUGCUUUCACCCCAUUAUAUUCAGCCUCUUCUUAAUGACCUCAUAAUGCUAUUUCACCCCAUUAGAUUCACUUCUCAGACUGCAGGCCUACAUGUAGUUCCUAAAGUAGAAUGAGAAGCAGAGCCUUCAGCUUUCAGGCCCCUCCUCUUCUUCACUUACGUUCUGGUUUUAUCCACAAUAUGGUAAUACACCGUUCUGUAUUUAAUCAUUAUCUACUGGCUGCCGGGAUCAUUCCCUCUUCCACAUCCCUGCUCGGCGUAGACUUCUCCUGUUAGGUCUGCUUUCACAGGCCUCACUGACUCAGACACUUAUCCCCAUGAAUGAAGCAAGACACUCAGAGCUCAAUCCAUUUUAACUUGCAAGGCAAGCCAGUCUGGUCAGCAUCUUGAAGGUACAAGCUCCCCACCUGACCCCAGCCAACUUCAAAUUCCAGCCUUCCCACGCAGUCUUUUGUUGAGUGAACACACAAACACCUCAUUGUAAAACCUCUAUGGUGUGUCAAGUUAAAGGCACCGUGUAUGCAUGUGUGAGUGUAUCUGUGCUUGUAUACAUGACUUCCUGGUUACA